GUUCACACUCUCUCUCUCUCUCUCUCUCUCUUUCUGUUAUUUACUUCCAAAACCCAAAACCAAAACCAAAGCCAAAAAUAUAUACUCCUAUAUUUACUAAGAAAACCCUAAAUCUAAACCCUAAUCUCCGACGGAAAUGCCGCCGGCAGCGGCGGCGGCAAUGGACGUACGGUCUCCGAUGGACUCCACGCAGUCUCAGAACCCUAAUUCCGAUUUUUCUUUCAGUUUCGGCGCGAUUCCCUCCGCCGAUUUCUCGGAUAAUCGGAUUCCCAGCUCCAACUCUUCCAGCUUCGAAGGUGCCGCGGCGGCGGCGGCGGCUUCUUCGAAUGUCGCCCGGGCGGGCUCUAGGGCUCGGCCGAGGCUGGUCAAGCUGAGGAGGCAGCAACCGAGGUCGAAGUCGGUCGCGGCGAGCGAUGCCGGGCCGGGUUUCAACCCGUUUCGAUCGGAUUCCGCGUCGAAUACGGUAAGUAGUAGUGGUAGUGGUAGUAGUAAUGGUUUUGGAUUAUUGAAUGGUGAUGCUAAGUGUGUGAAUUUUGAGAGUAAGGGUUUUGUGUUUGGUGCUGAUGGUUAUGGUAAUGGUAAUUUAAAUGGUUUGGAUACGAAUUUGGGUUUGGGUGAGAGUGUGGGGAAUGUGGGUUUUGUGUUUAGUGCUAAGCAGAGUGGGAUUGAAUCGAAUUCGAGUGAGGAAAUGAGAGUGAAUGGUGAAAAGGCGGGAAAAUCGGAUUUGGGUGAUGCUGGGAAGGUGGAAGCAAGGUCUGGAUUGGAGGAUGGGAAGCUUAGUGAUGGUGGUUUUGUGUUUCAAGCUGAUUGGAGCGAUUUGGGUUUGAAUUUGAACAAAGGAAGGAGAGAAAAUGGUGAAUGUGGAGAUAAAUUGUGCUCUGAGGGUAGUGGGGGAGUGAAGUUAAUGACAAAAACUGAAUGUAGAAAGCAUGGUAAUGUGAAUAAUGUGUUUGGUGAUAGUCAAAGUGAUCGUCCGUCAGAUUUGAAUUCAGAGAAGGGAGAGUGUGGUGAGCGUAGGGAAAAGUCAGAAGUGAAUUUGGAAGCUAAAUUAGUGACAGAGAGAUGUGCUGAUAAGAGCGAUUUAGGGUCAGCUUCAAUAUCAGAAAAAAGAGAAUUUGGUAAGAAGGUGAGUACAUUAGAUUGUGAAAUUAAUGAUAUGUUGAAAACUGGGAAUGUAGUGGAGCUUGGGAAGAAUGAUGAUCAGGAUUCUGUGUUCGACUCUAGCUGGUUUAAUUCGGUGUCAAAGAACUUGCCAAAGAGAGAAUCUAGUGAAGAUUUUGGGAAUUUGGUUUCUGAUAUUGAGGAGAUGAUGAAAGCGGUGAGUGGAACAGAGUCUUCUAGUGUGAAAGCUACUGCUAUUAACUUCAAUAUCAAUGGUAAUAGGAGCUUGAAUGACAAUUGUGAUAUGGGAGCUUUUGCAUUUGGAAGUGAUGGUAAGAAAAAUUCCAGCCUUGAUGAAUGCAUGGCAGGUAAGUCCCCGGGUGAGAUAAAGUUAAGCGGUAAAAGUUUUGGAAACUGUGGAAGCACUACAACUCAAAUCAGUGAUUUGGGUUCUGAUGUCGAAGGUAAGGGAAAAACUGCAUUCGAAAGUAGUAGUAAUGUAGCAAAAGCUUCUAGCACAAGUCCCUUAUUUAAACUCCCAGAUGAAAUGAGGAAAAUGAAAAUUGAUGAUUCUGAGAAUGUUGAUGGUGCUGACAAGACUGAAGAUGCAGACAAGAAUUCAUGUGCCAAUCCUGGGGCUGCAUUUGUGUUUAGAAGCAGCAAAAAGGCUUCUGACUCUUUGAACCAAAGUUCGGCAACUUGUGCUUCUAUUGGAAUUUCUAGUUCUGAACUAUUUACUGCUCCGCCAGAAGUCGGUAAGGAUUUUAAUGUGGGCCAUUUUCCUCAAGGUCAAGUAAAUGAUGAUACACUACUGAAUGCAUCUGUGCCACCAUCUUCAUUCUCAUCGAUUGGUCUUGACUUAAAACCAAAUAUAAGUGCUUCUGCAAUACAUUUCACAGGUGCACAUGAAAAUAAGGAUGGAGAUUGUUCUACAAGCAAUCCAGAUGGAUCAGGGGUUUCAUUUACGGCCUUCAGCACACCAGAAUGGGAUCCUUCUUGCUUUAAAGAGAAUUUGUUUCCUGAAAUAAAUAAAAAUUCGGAAUUCUCGGUAAAGAAUAGGUCUGUUAAGGACAAAAGAUCAAAGAAAAAGAGGGGAAAACCAAAGCCACCUUCCCUAAGUAAGCAAAAGCUGGGGCAAGAACAAGAUAAUGUAGCAAAGGAAAGCAGUUCCCAAGAAAACCCAGGCACACCUGGAUGUUACUCACCCAUGGAUUUUUCUCCCUAUCAGGAGACCACAGCAGCUAAUCCAUGUUCAAGAGAAGCUUCUGUGACUUCACAAGAGUUCUCCCAUCCAGAUAAUAAUUUUGAACCCUCAGACGUGCAUUCAGAAGUUCAUAAUGUCCCUAAAGAUGAAAAUUUGGCUAAUGCUGCAGGGGUUGAUAUUAAUAAAAGGGAGCAGAGAUGUAGAGAGCUGAAUGAGAACUUUUGUUGUCGCAAUGGAAGUUGUUUUGGUAGUGAUUGCUCUUCAAAAGGAUUCUUUUCUGGAGCUGAAACAACCUUCUCUAGUUCUAAAACUGAGCAAUUCUGCAGCAGCAGUAGUGCUGGUGUUGCAUCUACAGAUACUAGAACUGAUUUCAGCUUAAAUACGGAGAGGCAAGAAAACAAUUGUAAAACACCAUUUUAUUUUGGUUCAAGUUUGGAAGAUACAAAGGAGAGAUGUUUUACAUUUUCUGCGCCAUCAUCUGCACAAGGUAGUUUACCUGCAACCACAAUGAAACGUUCAUAUAAAAAGAAAAGUAGAGCAAAAGUUGGUCGUGAUUCAUCUCUUGAUACUCGGUCAUCUGCUGCCCAAUUGUCACCCCAUACCAACCCAUCUUCACUUUUUGACAAAGAGCAUAAAUCUGAAGUGCAUGAACAAGUCAAGCAAGGGCAUAUUUCUUACUCUGCUGCCAUUCAAGAAGCCUGUGAGAAGUUGCGACUCAGGGGAAACAAAGCUUAUGCAAAUGGGGAGCUGUCUAAAGCUGAGGAUUUAUACACACAGGGAAUAAUUUCUGUCCCUUCUAGUGAAAGAUCGGGAUGCUGCCUUAAGCCUCUUCUUCUGUGCUAUAGCAACCGUGCAGCUACACGGAGGUGUCUCGGAAGAAUAAGGGAAGCUUUAGGGGACUCUAUGAUGGCUACUGCACUAGAUCCCAACUUUUUGAAAGCUCAAAUGAGAGCUGCAAAUUGUCACCUUGUGCUUGGGGAACUGGACGAUGCAAUUCAGUGUUUCAAUAAGUGCCUGGAAUCAGGCGGUGUUAUAUGCUUGGAUCGGAAACUCAUAAUAGAGGCUGCUGAAGGCCUUCAGAAGGCUCAGAAAGUGGCUGAGAGUACAAAUCAUUCUGCCAAACUUAUGGAACAGAGAACUUCUGAUGCCACUCUUAGUGCUCUAGAAAUUAUUGAUAAUGCUUUGUCAAUAAGUUCAUACUCAGAAAAAUUACUUGAAAUGAAAGCAGAGGCCCUUUUGAUGUUGCGGAGGUAUGAUGAAGCAAUUCAGCAGUGUGAGCAGAGCCUUUAUUUUGCUGAAAAGAACUUUGCAUCAUUGAGCACUGGAGCAAAUAUGGAUGGUUCUGAAUGUGAAAGUUACUCAUCUGUUAGGCUGUGGAGGUGGUGCUUGAUAUCCAGGUGCUACUUUCAUUUGGGAAGGCUUGAGGCAGCUCUUGAUUUGCUUCAGAAGCUGGAAAAAGUGGGAUCUAUUAAAGACAAGUAUGGAUUCAAGAAUUUGGAAUUGUCAAUUUCAUUAGCUGUCACUAUACGUGAACUUUUACGCCUUAAGAAUGCAGGGAAUGAAGCAUUUCGAUCAGGGAAGUAUACUGACGCAAUAGAGCACUAUACUGUUGCUUUAUCUAGCAAUGUUGAAUCACGUCCUUUUGCAGCAAUCUGUCUUUGCAAUCGUGGUGCAGCAUACCAAGCUUUGGGCCAAAUUGCUGAUGCUAUUGCAGAUUGCAGUCUGUCCAUAGCCCUUGAUAGAAAUUAUGCUAAGGCUGUUUCUAGAAGGGCCACCCUACAUGAGAUGAUCAGAGAUUAUGGACAGGCUGCUAGUGACCUUCAGAGACUUGUAUCCAUUCUUGAAAAUGAAUCUGGUGAAAAAGUCAAACAGUCUGGCACACCAUCCAGUGUGAAAGAGUUAAGGCAAGCUCGACGCCAGCUGCCUUCAAUGGAAGAAGAAGCUAAAAACGGAAUUCCUUUGGAUUUUUACAAGAUUUUGGGAAUCAAACCAUCUGACACAGCAUCUGAUAUCAAGAAGGCAUACCGUAAGGCAGCUCUCAGACAUCAUCCAGACAAGGCUGGUCAGUUCUUGGCAAGAAGUGAAAGUGGAGAUGAGGGGCGACUCUGGAAGGAAAUCUCCCAGGAGGUUCACAAGGAUGCUGAUAGGCUUUUUAAAAUGAUUGGAGAGGCAUAUGCAGUGCUAUCAGAUUCCACUAAGCGCUCACAAUAUGAUCUUGAAGAGGAAAUGAGAAAAACCCCAAAAGAAUGCCAUGUAAGCAGCAGUUAUAGAAGAUCUUCAGAUGCUUACAGCUCUCAAUUUGAAAGAAAUUCCAACAGACGAUACUGGCGGGAGACUUGGAAGACACAUGGAAAUUCAAAUUUUCGAUGGUGAGAUUUAACUGGUAACAGUCAUAUAUAUAUUUAGUAGCCGGGUCAUGGCAGCUUAUGACUCCAAGUUUCACGAAGGAUCUGUGGAAGUGUCUGGGUACUGAUCUAGUCAGUUUUGAGCUCGAGGAUUCUAUAUAAUGUAAAGGGUCUAAAGGGAAUAAUGGAGGAAGGAGUUUUGGUCCUGAUACACUGGGAAUGUUCAUAUACACAACUCACUACGAAAUUUUUUGCCUUCGCACUGCGUCUCAACCCUUCGGCCAACGCUUAUUAUGGAGGAAGAAGAGUUGGGGUUAUCGGUGUGCUUCAUUUUUGACAGAAAAAGAGUGAAUGUUAAUUGUGUAAUAUUAUUAUUUAUAAUCAACAAUAUCUAUAUUAAUAUUUAAUAUCUAAAAUCAAAGUGAAGUUUUUGAUGUUGUUACGCUCUUAUUGAGCCAUCUCA